CCCUACCAUCAACCCUAUUACUAACUUCCUCUUAUGGACAGGCUGCAGUUAGGUGACAAGCUAUUGCUGUUGAGUUUAUUAUCGUAUAUACUAGUGGUUAUAGGGAGUAUCUGCUAAGUUAUAACUUUAAACCCUAAUACAAGAGCGAUUUUCCAAACAUAUUAGAUUAAAUAAAACUCACUGUUCAUCACGUAGUUGCCUAGUUGGUUCGAUGGUACUUUGGCAAAAUUAUAAUUCUAUUUUUCAUUUUUUGUCUGUUUGUUGUGAAACACACAUCCCCGUUUUUUUCUUUAACCUUUUUUUUUUUUUUUUGCAGUAGCAAGAAUAUUUGUUGGAUACCUCAACUACAUUUCAAUGAUUUCAUUUUGGGUUUGGUUGUUCUAGUUUCCUUUAACUUGAUGGACACGUUAAGAAUGGUCGGCAGACCUUCGUUAUCCUAUACUGCCUAGCCAGUGGCUAGGAGGUGCACCAUGAGCUAAACCUUAAUACGAGCUUAAAUUUUUUUGAAGGCUAUGGUUAGCCUGCAUUUCCUAAAUCCUAUAGAGCAAAGUAGUUAGACAGCAAAAAAGCAUGGAAACCCAAGGAAGUCUGGAAAAUUAUGUCUCAGUUUGGAAUCUGGGAGAUUCGGUUUGCAUUCAAAUGGCUCUAAGAGCUGCAAUAGAGCUCGAUGUCUUCAAUAUCAUUGCUAAGUCAGGGCCAGAAGCUCAUCUUACAUCAAAAGAAAUUGUUUCGGCAAUCCCCACCACAAACCCAAAUGUAGCAGCUAAGAAUUUAGAGCGAAUCCUUAAGCUUCUUAGUGUCAAUUCCCUCCUUUCUACCUCACUCAAACCAAGCCUAAAUGACAAAACACCACAAGAAAGGGCUUAUGGCCUAACAAAAAAUGCACUUUGCCUGCUGCCAAAUGAAGAUGGAGUUUCUAUCACACCAAUAAUUAUGUCUGGCUCUGAAAUGCACGCUAUGCAGAGCUUAUACAUGCUCAAGCACUCAGUGCUUGAGCCAGAGAGUGUUCCUUUCUCUAAAUUCUACGGAGAAAAUUUUUAUGAAUACAUGUCCCACAAACCUGAGACAUUUUCAUUGUUCAACAAGCUCAUGAGAACAACCUCUUAUUUAUAUUUUGAUCAGAAGGUGCUUAAGGUUUAUCGAGGUUUUGAAGAAGUGAAAGAGCUUAUGGAUGUAGGGGGUGGUGAUGGAAGUUCCCUUGCAAAAAUUGUGUCUAUGUAUCCUCACAUCCAUGGCAUCAAUUUCAACUUACCUAGUGUUAUUGCUCAAGCUCCUAAAUAUCAAGGUGUGAAGCAUGUCAGUGGAGACAUGUUUGACUCGAUACCAAAAACACAAUCAAUUAUAUUGAAGUGGGUACUUCAUAACUGGGAUGAUGAGCAUUGUAAGAAGAUAUUGAGAAACUGUUGGGAGGCGUUACCAGAAACUGGAAAAGUAAUAGUUGUGGAAUAUUUCAUGCUUCCCGAAGAAUUGGAGAAUACCCCAGAAACAAUGCAGAUAUUAAAGGGUGACGUUAUCAUGAUGGCAUUUUUUUAUGGUAAGGAGCGAACAAUAGCUGAAAUUGAUAACCUAGCCAAAUGUGUAGGGUUUAUUGAAACAAAGAUUGUUCAUGUUUCUCAUGGAACAUAUGUUAUCGAGUUCCUCAAGAUAAAACAUUAAAUAGUUACCUAGAAUAACAUAUGUGAGAACAAAAAUAUGCAAGAGAGAAAUAAUCAAGUUAUUAUCAUAUACAUAUAUAUUGUAACA